GGACGUGAUUACAUUCCGUAAACUAUCUUUGUUGGGAGGACUCGUAGAGUGAGGUUAGACUCGAUGUGAGUAUUAUAUUGAUCCUAAAUGUUUAUAAUGCAAAAAACUAAUAAGAAAUUACAGCUUUUAGCAACUUCCGUUACACACAAACAACGAGUUCGCUUAAAAGUAGUCCGAACCAUCCGAACACUCCGUCCCCGUUCCCAACAAUCUAAAAGAUCGAGGCGAAUCGAUCAAUUUCGACCACGAAAUGGACACGUAUCAGGCAUGCGGUAUUCAGACGGACGAUUCCUUGGUCCAGUGUGACCGAUGCGAUUCUUGGUGGCACUUCGGGUGCGUGGGAGUGAGUGAUAUUUAGCAUCAGUGAGAAGAGCUUCAUCUGCACAAAAUGCUUUAGCACUACUCCCCCACCGCCGCCGCCGCAUCAUAAUGAGGUUUUGCGACUACCACCCACUGAUACUAUGUCCGUGUCGUCCAGAAGGUCGUCGAUUUCGAAUGCGAGUGCUCGAGCUCGACUAAAUCUAGAGAGGCUCGAAGUUAAGAAAGUUCUCGCCGAGAAAAUGUUGGACCUGGAGCUACGGGAACAAGAAAGGAAGAUCGAACUCGCCCGCAUACAAAAGGAGGGAGAAUUGGAACGCAGGAAGCUGGAGCUACAACGGGAUUACGAGGAAGAGAAGCUACGUCUGAUGGAGGAAGAGCUGCUUGAUGAUGCUGAUAGGAGUCUACGUUCCCAGCAGAGCAGUAAUAGUAAGAUUAUUUUAGUCUUGUGCUGAAAUUACCGAGGAACAAUCAAUGCUGUGUACUGCCGCACACUUGGCGUUGCUCCAUCAAUCGGCUCAUCUGACGGUAAUGGGUCACCUUCUGGCACUAGGA